AUGAUGGAACAAAACCUCAUCCACAAAAGGCUGAAGCCCCACAGGGAUGAAGAGAUCUUUUGCUGCUCUAGAGCAAACGAGCAAUGGGCAAAAAGUCAGCUGUGUUGGUCAGUGUCUCUGGACCUUCAGUACCACUUUAUAGAUAAGAAGAUGUCGUGGUCUGAGGCUCAGAGUCACUGCAGAGAGCAGCACACAGACCUGGCCUCAGUGAACGACAUGAAGGACCUGAAGAACCUGAAGGCUGCUGCAAACGGACGCACGGACGCCUGGAUCGGACUUCAUCAAACCAGUGACAAACUCACAGACAAGAAAUGGCACUGGUCUCAGCCCACAGUCAGAUACAAGGAAGGAGACGCUCCGUGGGCACCAGGGGAACCUAAUGAUUCUGGAGGAAUUGAAAACUGUGGCAUGAUUAUAACUGUCAUACACCACAUUGUUUUAUCUGCUACAACGACUCCUCCAACAGAACUACUGUCAUGA